AUAUUGAAUAGACUCAAAAAGACACCAUACCAAGAGCACAAAGACCGAAACCCAGAUCGCAUACCGGGCACUUGCGAGUGGUUCAUCGAACACAAGCUCUUCCGGGGCUGGCUAGAGACCAGGUCAGAGGCUCUUUGGGUGUCGGCAGACCCUGGAUGUGGAAAGUCGGUUCUCGCAAAGCACCUGGUCGAUUCUGCCCUCCCGAGUAACAACCACAGAACAACGUGCUACUUCUUCUUCAAGGACGACUCAGAUGAGCAACGCAGCAUUGUGACGGCUCUCUGUUGUAUCCUAUAUCAGUUGUUUCUGCAGAAGCGCAAGUUGUUCACAAAGACGGUCCUUGUUCAGCUAGGAGCUGAAAGGGAAACGCUUACCAGCUCGUUUAGCGAACUGUGGAGCGUUCUCCUGAGAGCAGCAGAAGACGACAAUUCCGGCGAGAUCGUUUGUGUUCUUGAUGCAAUCGAUGAAUGCGAUGCGUCUGGAAGCUCCCUGCUCACUCAAGCAUUGUCUAGGUUAUACCGCAAUAGCAGCAACAGAAAGCCUAAACUAAAAUUUUUCAUUACCAGUCGGCCCACUACUACAAUUCGACGAGGACUACUCGAAGAUAUACCAGAACUUCCUGUCGUUCAUUUGAGCGGCGAGAGCGAAGAUGAGAUGGAAAAGAUAGCAAAGGAAAUCGACAUCUUCGUCGAGACCAGGGUGCGCACUCUCAGUGCCCAUCUGAUGCUUAGCCAGGACGAGCAGGAGCUGCUGCUUCGCGAGCUUCUGCGUGUUCCAAACAGAACAUAUCUAUAUGUUCACUUGACCCUUAACCUCAUUGAGCACGAAGAAGACAUUGACGAAGAUGGGAUACUCAAGGCCACUUCUCAACUGCCAAAGACAGUGGACGACGCCUAUGACAGGAUCCUGUCUCAUAGCCGCAAUCCUGACCAGGCCAGGAAAAUCCUGCAUAUAGUUGUGGCGGCAGUAAGGCCUUUGACGCUAUCGGAAAUGGGGUUUGCGCUUGCACUUCAUGAGAGUCAUCGGUCCUAUGGCGAGCUCAACGUCAAGUCUGAAGGGAGACUCCGGGAGAGCAUCCGAGACACUUGCGGGCUCUUUGUCACCAUCAUCAACUCGAGGAUAUACUUGCUUCACCAGACCGCCAAGGAGUAUUUGGUUCAGCACGACCUGGAAGAGGCGAUAAGCGACGUUGAUGGGGAUGUUCAGUGGAAGCACUCGCUCCAGCCACAGGAUUCACACCGCAUUCUCGCCGAGAUAUGUACUUGGAAUUUGCUCUUUGACGAGUUUGAGACGGACCCUCUUACCGACACUCCCGAGUUUAGCGGCUAUGAGGCGUCCCGGUUUUUGGGCUACCUCGUGCCCGAAUACCUGGGUAAACACGUCUUCCUUGGCUACUCGGCUACUCAAUGGGCAACUCACAUGCGCGAGUCGCCAGCCGAGUUUGCAAGUUCGGCAGCACAGUCCAUCGUGGGCAUCUGCGACACUGGGUCGUCCCGUUUCUCGACCUGGUUUCAAAUAUAUUGGGUCUUGACAAAUCCAACAAGGAUUUGCCCGAGAUUCUCAAAUCUUAUGGCGGUAUCCUACUUUGGACUUGCGACAGCAGUAAAGUCUUCGCUCAAGACAGGUGACUCCAAAUUGAUGAACCGCAAAGACCGCGAUUACGGCCGGACUGCACUAUCAUGGGCCGCGGGAAAUGGCCACGAAUCGGCCAUACAACUCUUUGCCAAGAACGAGCGCAAGGGGAUGGGAGGCCUCGUCAAGUCUUGGAAACGACUCAAGGUCGACUUGGCAGAUGUCGACGCUCGAACGCCCCUAACCUAUGCUAUCUGGAGCGGGAAUGAAGAGACCGUCAAGCUGCUGCUCAGCUUAGGAGCUCGAGCUACUGAAAAGGAUAAGCUUGGGGCCACACCGGUGGACUACGCCGUUGCCAUGCAUCAAGUGACCCUCGCCGAAUUAAUGCUCGGGAACGAGGCUAAAUCGGGUUCGACGGGCGAGUCCAACACCCUGUUGCUCUCUGCGCUGGAAAACGGUGAUCAACAUGUUGUUCGGCUUUUGCUGGAAUCUGGUACCGACAUUGACUCGAAAACGAGCAAGGGCCAAACACUGCUAUCCUAUGCCGCCGCGCUAGGUAAACUGGGAGUGGUUAGGCUUCUAAUAAAGAACGGCGCCGACAUCAACUUGGCAGAUUGGGUUGGCCGUACCCCGUUGUCAAUUGCCGCCGGGAGAGGUCGAGUGGCAGUUGUUGAAAGUCUACUCGAAAAUGAGGCAGACAUUGACUUGGCAGAUGCGAAUGGCCGUUCUCCAUUGUUCUAUGCCGCAAAGAACUUUCACUGUCUGCUGGUUGGCCUUGAUGACGCCGACCUUGCUGUGGAUUCUUCAGAGAACCCCAGCCUUAAUGCUUUGAAGCUCGGCGAUAUCACAAGGGUCUUGCUCGAAAAUGGGGCCAACAUUAGCCUUGCUAGUUCGAAUGGCCGCACCCCAAUGUCGUUCUUCGCAAAGAUUGGCUACUACGCCCUUGCCAAUAUCCUGGUUAAUGCUGGCGCCGACACCAACGCCGUAAACUGGAUGGGCCAGACACCAUUGUCAGUUGCCGCCCAGCUUGGCCACUUGGAGGCUGUCCGGCUUUUGCUCGCCACCGGUCCCGACGUCAACUUGGCAGACAGGGAGGGAAUGAGCCCGCUAUCGUAUGCCGUCCGCAACGGCCAUGUGGCGAUUGCUAGACUUUUGCGCGAAAAUAGGGCG